CUAGGUCAUGAUAUGUAUUAUAUUAAUCAGUGCCUCCGUGAGAGAGUUUUUCCCGCGCUCAAAACCACCAAGUGCGACGGCGAGUCGUUGCACAGUCAUCGCCCUACCGCCGCCGCCGCCAGUCACCGGAGUUGGUGGCAGCCGGAUUAAUCCUCUCCCCAAUCCCUUCUCUUCUCUCAGUCUCUACCCAAUCAUCGACGACGAUGCAUUGCCUUCCAUGCAUUCUACUGCUACUAUUCUCGCCGCUGUUCACUCUUUGCUUCCCAUUUCCCUAAUCACUUCCAAUUUUUCUAAUUAUAAUUUCAAACGCCGUCUUCUGGAAAAUGACUGCGAGGGUUCCCACGAAGACGGAACUUUUGACCCGCUGGCGAGGCAUCGAGGAAGAAGAGGACACUGACGAUGGCUUACAACCUCAUCGUUUUCAGCAGCUUAAAGAGGAAUGGUUUGCAGAUGCUUUCAAUGUUCUGAUUAGUUUGCCCAAAGAAAGUCACAUUUGGUGUGGCUCUUGGGAUAUAAUGGGGCCUCUUCUGGAAACAUUUUACAAUUACUUCAAGGAUGAGGGUCACGACUCUCCUCUCAGGCGCCUAUGGAAGAGGAUCUCUAUGGAGAUGCAGCAUUGUAUCCAGUGCAUUUGUCAGCAUCAUCAAGCCAAAGAUAUGUAUAGUUUGGAGUAUGAGUUGAGUUCCAUCGGACCCCUUCUUGAUGUCUUGAGAAGACUCGAUGAGGAAAGGGUGACUCAGUAUUUGAGAGAUAUCAAUCACAGAAUAUCCCAGGGCGAAUAUGAUGUUGCACAGGAUAAUACCGAAGUUGUUAGUAUCAUAUAUGAGGUUUUGAUGUUUCCUGUCCUUCUGGAUGAUCAGUCAUUGUUCACUGAGUUUGGGAAGUUUAUUGAAGCUGUGGAUGAUAUUCACGAACUUGCUUUGGAUGGACAGCAACAGUUUCCGGGUGCUUAUGCUCUAUUCUUUUUCAAUAGAAGAGUACGUUCUGUAGGUCAUCGCUUAGCUGCAUCAAUGGGAAAAUUGAGGAUGGCAACUGAUUUGGAACCUUUGCAGCCUUUGCUUAAGAAAUUUAUAUGUUUUCUGGAGACAGAAGUUCUGCCAUCAACUUCUAAGAUGCUAAGGCCAAGAGUACAGCUAGAUCGUUUAUCUGUAUGGCUUGGGAUCAAGUCAUUGCUUGGAUUCUUGGAGCCUCCUGCAUUUGAAGAAGGGAUAUUGGAGCGUUAUCCCAUUUUUCUUGACAUCGUACUUAAUCAUAUAAGUAGUGAUUCACUUGAAUUCUCUCAUGCAGUUACAUGCUUAAGACUACUCUUUGAGAUGCUUGGCUGUAAGCUUUGGCUGAGGUCUACAUUGUCUCCUAGUGUGAUGCGUAACACUUUAUUGGGCCAGUGCUUCCACACUCGACAUGAGAAAAGUCAUAAAGACAUUUUUGAUCUUUUUCAGCCGUUUUUGCAGUCUCUUGAGGCUUUGCAAGAUGGGGAGCAUGAAAAGCAACGCAGACAUUUUCUUUAUUUCCUUCUUCAUCAAGUGCCAGUUAGCAGAAAUUUUAGCAUCCUAGCCAGGCAAAAGGCUUGUCAGAUAGCUCUUCAUAUUGUUCACCGAGGUUAUAAGAUGAAUCCGCCAUGCCCCCCUUUUGAGUGCGCGCAUAUGUGGGGCCCUUCUCUUGUGUCAACACUGAAGGAUUCUUCUCUUCACAGCUCACUCAGGCAACCAGCAUUUGAGCUUAUACAAUCUAUUAUUGUAUCAGAUGCUGCUGCAUUGAUACAAUCGAUGCUGGAUAGUUGUAUAGUACCACAUUCCAAUGACAGUAGCAUGAAUCAUAACUUCAAUGAUGCUGAAGAUGAGAGCAUACCUAUGUUUGCUCCCAAUGAAAUGGACGAUAAUUGUUGGGGAGGAUUCAGCAUACAGAGCAAUAUAGUUUCGACAGAAUUUAAACAGUGGAUGUGCAUUCCUAUGUUAUGGAUUGAUGUUCUAGUUGAAAUUGAUCCUUUGGUUCUACCAGUAUCAUUUUCUAAAGCUGUUUUCUGGGCUCGAUCCCGUUUUUCUAUGGUAGAAUCUGAAACCACUGCUGAAGGUGAACUUCCACUGAGAACUUGGAUAUCGUCGUCUUUGGAAAUUUCCAGUUCACUGGGAUGGAAGGUGCCAACUGGUUCUGAUGAUGGUGGGGAUGGGAAAGAAUCAAGAAACUCACUAAAAGUGUGCACAAUGUUGCUUCCUUUAAUAAAAACAUAUAACAGGUUGACUGCUCAUUUCUUACUUCUGUUGGGACAAGGAGAGCUGAAGAAGCAGUGGACUUGGGAGCCGAGAAUGGGGGAAAGUCUGAUCCUUUCACUUUUUGAUUCUAGUGAUAAUGUCAGGCAGUUUGGAAAGCAUGUAUUAGAACAAAUUUCAAACACGAAGGGUCUCUCUUGUGGUUUGGAGUUUCUCUGUUCUUCUGAGUAUUCAUUAUCUUCCAUCUUUCUGGGCAUGACACAUGCUUUGAAAUUGGUUCAAAUGGAUUCUAUUCUUUUAAAGUUUCAGAAUUUGCAUCAUUUGUUCUUCAUUCUUCGUAAGCUACUCCAGGAAGGUGAUUCACCUAAUUCGGCUUUGCCAAAAAGUUCAUCCAAUCAUACAGAUAUCCCAAAGACCUCUUCUGAAGGUGGAUUUCUUAGACAGCCGGUUCUUGACGCAUCAAUGCUGAAAUUUGGCGAAAAAUCUUCCAAAAUUAAUUCUAAAUUGCUCCAAAGGUUCAGUUAUUUACUAUCCAAAGCAGCAUGGCCUUCUAUAUGGAGGCUAUUGGUUGAAGGAAAGGAAUUUCUCGACUACAGUUUUUGUCAAAUGACUUGUGUCCGCUUACUUGAGAUCAUCCCCAUUGUUUUUGAACGAUUUAACCCAUCAUUUAUUGCACUGUCUGGUACAAAAAUGACAGUGAAAGACGGAAGUGGUUUCAAUUGGCUUCAUGAUCUAAUGGAUUGGGGAAAGUCAUCUCUAAAAGUUGUUCUCACUUACUGGAAACGUGCUGUAAUUUCAUUGCUGAAUUCCAUUAAGGGAUCAUGUAGUCUUUCUGCUGCAUCAACAAUUAGGGCUAUUGAAAACCUUAUUUCCUUAGAUGAUGCUGUGGUGGAUGAAUUAACAGAGAAGAUAGCACACCUCACUAUUUUAUUAUCCAAGACAGAAAAGCACCAUAUUGCCGAGACCAAUUUGGGGUCAAAUUCUUUAGUGCUUGAAGACUUUCCCUCUGGCUGCAAGUUCUUCACCUCAAAGUCAAAGUCUUUCCUUGUGGAGGAUGUAGAUCGGCGGACCUUGGCCACAAGGUUUGAGGCUGAGAAGGAAGAUAUUAGUGAAGUAAUUGUUCUUUCAGAUGAUGAAUCAAAAGAAUAUAUUUCACCCACCGUGGCCUUUCCAUCUGAAUCUGAUGCAGGUCAAUGCAUAUUGGUUGCUCCCAGUGGUGAUGAAAAUGAUGCCCAAGCUGAUUUUGGUAAAAAUAAAAUUUUGGUUGCCGAGGCUUCAAAAUAUGUAGUGGAGAAGAACAAUGAAAUAAAUGAUAAAGGUAGCUCUAUGCUUGCACUCAAAGAGCAGGCCUCUCGUGAUUCAAGAGCCAGACCAGCAACGUCAUCUGUCUUGAAAUCCAAGGAUGUGAAUGUUAAACCUAGAGAAAUGGAUUCUGCGUGCAUUCUAAAUGAUAGAAAUGAUUUGAAGGUCUUAUCUGAUGAAGCAACUGGUUACAAAAGCAAAAAUCAAUCUUGUGAAACUGCUGUUUCUGCAGGAGGCUAUGCUGUUUUGAAACAAGUAGUGUCUGAUGCUGCAGAUGAUCCAUUGGAACUUGAACUCAAUUCUUCCAGAAACAAGAAAACAAAUAUUGCAAAAUCAAUCUUCCCUGUUCCUAAGCGCAAAGUAAUCCAACUUAAAACGCCUGUUGAUAACAGAGCUAUCCACUUACAUAGGCAUAUGGUUGGUGCAAAAAGAUUUAAACCACCAAGGCUUGACGACUGGUAUAGAUCUAUAUUAGAGUUAGAUUACUUUGCCAUGGUUGGUUUGGCAUCCGUAAGUGAAGAUAAAAUUCGAACUGUUAGACACUUAAAAGAGGUUCCUGUAUGUUUCCAAUCAUCAGAACAGUAUGUGGAGAUUUUUCGGCCAUUGAUUUUGGAGGAGUUUAAAGCUCAGCUACAUAGCUCUUUUGUAGAGAUGUCUUCUUGGGAUGAGAUGUAUUUGGGCAGCAUAUCUGUGCUAUCAAUUGAGAGAGUCGAUGAUUUUCAUCUUGUUCGUUUUGCCUACGAUGAGAACAAUUCAGUGGCUUCUAAAAGCUUUUCUGAAAAUGACCUCCUUUUGCUAACCAAAGAGCUUCCACAAAAAUCUCCCCAGGGUGCACAUAUGGUCGGAAAGGUGGAUAGGCGCGAGAGAGACAAUAAAAGAAAAAUGGUUUUGCUCAUAAUUAGGUUCUAUUUGUUGAAUGGUUCUCCUCGACUACAUCAAGCUAGAAAGAACCUAAUUGAACGCAGUAAAUGGCACGCAAGUCGAAUAAUGAGCAUUACACCUCAGUUACGAGAAUUUCAGGCACUUUCAUCUAUAAAGGAUAUUCCCAUACUUCCAACGAUAUUGAAGCCUGAAGCUAAUACUAUUCCUCAGCAUGAAUCUAAAGUAGGUGAUCUAAGUAAACUGUCCCAACCAUUGCAACAGACAUUGAAAUCAUCCUUUAAUGUCAGUCAACUCCAGGCGAUAGAUAUUUCCACUGGAUCAGGAAAUAUGACAAAAGACCUUGAAUUAUCACUCAUUCAGGGUCCUCCAGGUACUGGGAAGACAAGAACAAUAUUGGCCAUUGUUAGUGCCUUGCUUGCUUCCACGUCACAAAGAACUAAUAAGGCUAAAUCUUCUGUUACUGGAAGCCUGAAACAAGAUAAUGUAUUGCAUUCUGAUUCAAGGCCACAUAUUAGCCAGACUGUUGCAGUUGCAAGGGCGUGGCAGAAUGCAGCAUUGGCUAGACAAUUGAAUGAGGACAAGCAACGGAGUUCAAAAUCAAUUGAUUGUGCCAUGAAAAGAAGGGUCCUUAUUUGUGCUCAAUCAAAUGCAGCAGUUGAUGAAUUGGUAUCCAGAAUUUCCAAUCUAGGUCUUUAUGACAGUGAUGGCAAGAUGUACAAGCCAUACCUUGUUCGAGUUGGAAAUGUUAAAACGGUUCAUCCAAAUUCACUGCCAUUCUUUAUUGAUACUCUUGUUGAUCAGCAGUUGGCUGAAGAGAGAAUGAGUUCUAAUGACGUGAAGAAUGACUUUGGGACAAACUCAUCAACAGAACUUCGUUGUAAUCUAGAAAAGUUGGUAGAUCGUAUCAAGUAUUAUGAAGUCAAAUGUGCUAACUUGAGGGAUGAAAAUCCAGACCUCAAAAGUUCUGUGGAAACCCACAAGGGGGAUGAUGAAAGGGAAAUGUCUUUAAAGGAAAUGGAGUUAAAGCUCCGAAAACUAUAUGAACAAAAGAAGCAAAUAUAUAAAGAUAUUAGUAUAGCUCAGGCAUUUGAGAAGAAAACUAACGAGGAAGUCAAAGCACUGAAGCACAAACUGCGAAAGUCAAUACUAAGGGAAGCUGAAAUAGUGGUAAGCACUUUAAGUGGAUGUGGAGGAGACCUCUAUGGAGUGUGUGCUGAAUCAAUGUUAAGUUGCAAGUUCGGAAGUCCAUCAGAAAAUACUUUAUUUGAUGCUGUUGUGAUUGAUGAAGCUGCUCAAGCUCUGGAACCUGCUACUUUAAUUCCUCUUCAGCUUUUAAAAUCAAAUGCGACCAGAUGCAUAAUGGUUGGGGAUCCAAAGCAGCUGCCUGCAACUGUUCUUUCUAACGUUGCAAGUAAGUUUCUAUAUGAAUGCAGUAUGUUUGAACGAUUACAAAGGGCUGGCCAUCCAGUUGUCAUGCUGACAAGACAGUAUAGGAUGCACCCAGAGAUCUGUCAAUUUCCAUCUCAGCAUUUUUAUGAUGGAAAAUUACUUAAUGGAGAUGGGAUGUCUGGAAAAACUGUACCAUUUCAUGAGACGAAAGGUUUGGGACCAUAUAUUUUCUUUGACAUCGUUGAUGGCAAGGAGCUUCGAGGUAAGAGUGGUGGUGCAUUUUCACUCUACAAUGUGCAUGAGGCCGAUGCUGCAGUUGAGCUAGUGAAGUUUUUCAAAAAGAGGCAUCCAACUGAAUUCUCUAGAGUAAGAAUCGGCAUCAUAACUCCUUAUAAGUGUCAACUUUCACUCCUGCGAUCCCGUUUCUCACACUCAUUUGGAGCUUCCUUGAUGAUUGACAUGGAAUUUAAUACUGUGGAUGGUUUCCAAGGUCGUGAGGUUGAUAUACUGAUACUGUCUACUGUCAGAGCAGCAGAUUCAAGUUCUACUUCUGGGAUGAACUCUAGUGGUAUAGGGUUUGUUGCUGAUGCUAGACGUAUGAAUGUUGCUUUGACAAGAGCAAAGCUCUCUCUUUGGGUUUUAGGAAAUUCGAGGACUUUGCAAGUGAACCCUGACUGGGCAGCUCUUAUGAGGGAUGCUAAAGAGAGAAAUUUGGUUGCAUCCGUAAAAGUUCCAUAUGAUUCGAUGUUCAAAACUGGUACUCUUAGAAGUUCUUAUCCACAGAUUAUGGCUAAUAAUUCAAGAAAUCUGAAGCAUGCUGAAAAUGUUCGUAGUGCAAGACACCAUGCAAGACCCAGUGGGAAAGAAACCUUUGAAAGUGAAGGAAAAGAUGUUGUCGCUGCUGCUCAGUGUACUAGAACUAGUGACGGUAAUCUUAUGGAAGCUAGAAAAGAUAUUCAUGGCUAUAAAAGUUGUGCUACAAGUCAGCAUAACGCCUCUGUUAAAAAGGAUUCUAUUCCUCCAGUUGCUGGCAGUAUCAACCGAUCCUCUAAAGCUGCAAAGGCUGCUGUUCUCGUGGAGCAUGGUGAAGAUUUCGGAAGUAAAAGUGGAAGGAUUGCUGAAAAGAAAUCCAACAUGGUAAACAUCAGCCGGGGUAAGAGGAAAGUGGACUGUGUAAAGUCAAGUAAUUUAGAACAUGCGGAACGAGGUAUGGUUGAUAAUCAUGCACUGCAGAUAUCACAUACCUCAAAAAGAUUGAAAGAAUCACCUGAGUGUGAUACUAUUCGUAUUAAUCAGGAAGCUUUAGCUCCCCCAAUUGAAGCAAGCUCUAAGGAGGAACAUAGUAAUAGUAUUGCAUUAAGUCAAUCUGACACUGCAAAAGAAUCGAUAGUGAAAAGGAAACAACAACGUGAAGCCGUUGACGCUAUCCUUUUCUCAUCACUAAUUCCUUCAAAGAAGUCUGAAAUGUCAACGAAACACACCUCAGACAAAAGGCCUCAUUCAUUUUCAAAUGUUCAUGGUGGCAUGAAACCUCCAAAGGGAAGAAAAGGUUGAUGUCUAUACACUUCGGGUUUAAUUCAUCUCUAAUUCAAUUUUGGAGCAUUGUUGGUUAGAUAUGUCAUUCGUGCACCUCCUUCUGUAUACUUGUAGAUUUUUUUCAAUAUUUUGUCAUUAAUCUUGUACACCCCCCACCCCCGACAAACACAUUCACAAAGCCCUGGGCCGGUGUGUGGGAGUUCCAUGGCAAGGAAAUUUGAGCGGGCAAGUUACUGUACAUAUCUUAGCAGAUCACUAGGUUUCUUUUUAAAAUUGAGGUUCACUUAGAAAUUGAUGUUUCUCUUUGAAUUUUUGUGCUACCAUGGUCUGAUUAUAAUAUAAACUUUAGGAUGCUGGGGGGUGGAGGGUGGAGGUUGUACAGAAGGUGUGAAUUAAAUUAUCUCUCAUUUAUAGUCAUUAAUGAAGCUUUGUUUGUCAAUAUGCUCAUCCUCUGAAAGUGGAUUGUUGGAGGAUGGAUGCAUCGAAGCAGCAUUAAUAGCCAGAAUCUGUAAGGUCAUUGGCAUUGUGGUAUAGCAGGAAUUGAGGAGUCUCAUAAUCUGUUUUUGUACUGUCCUGAACUGAUUCAGAUUAUGAUGGAUAUAGUUGACAUUGCAACUUUCUGCUUACAUUAUGGAGGAGAUUCAUGGUUGUCAGAACAUUGUGCAUCCUUCUGAUGCAAAUUACUAUUAGACAAGUUGUAACAUGUGCCUCGAAAAUUUAGCUGGCGUCCUCACCAGUGGCUACAAAUUCUUAAUUUUUGCUUGUAGAUAUUAAGAAAAUAUCAUGGUUUCUAGAUAUUUCCAAUGUAAAGCUUGGCUUGUAUGAAUUCCACUUGCAAGUUGCAAGAAGAAUGGCAUGGCUGCAUGUGGCAACAACUAUUAUUUGGUGGUUCAUAGAAUUAACUAAGUGAAGUAAUUUUUAAAUUUAGUCACGUGCCUGUAAUCACAUA